AGCAGCAGUAGCAGAGGCAGCAGCAGCAGCAACAACAGCAGCAACAGCAGCAGCAGCAGCAGAAACAGCAGCAGCAGCAGCAGCAGGGUUGUAGGAGGGGUAGGAAACCCUCCACCCAGCCUAUCCCCUUCUUUUACCUUCCUUCCUCUCUCUCCUCCUCCUACUCCCUCCCUGCCUCUCACACUCUCUCUCUCACUCACUCACUCACUCUCCUCUCUCGCUCAGUCUCAGGGCUCCAGGUUCAGGUCCAGCUCGGACGACUCACGGCGGAAUUUGCAGAGCGAAGAUGCGGUUGGUCGUGGCCGUGAGAGUCGGUGUGCUGUGGGCGCUGCUGGCCGCUGUGGUGUCGGAGGAGCUGGAGACUCUGGAGACUCUGGUGCAGCAGGAGCAAAUCAAGUCCGAGUCCUCCCUGCUGAAGCCAAAGGUUAUGAUCGCCAUUGUGGCUCGUAACGCAGCGCACAGCCUGCCACAUUACCUGGGCUGCAUCGAGAGGCUGCAGUACCCGAAGGAGCGCAUAGCCAUCUGGGCAGCAACUGACCAUAAUGUGGACAACACCACCGCCAUGUUGAGAGAAUGGCUGAAGAGAGCCCAGGGUGUCUAUCACUAUGUGGAGUGGAGACCCAUGGAGGAGCCGAGGUCCUACACAGAUGAGUGGGGCCCGAAGCACUGGCCUCCUUCAAGGUUCAACCAUGUGAUGAAGCUGAGACAGGCGGCGCUGAAGGCUGCCAGGGAAAGAUGGGCUGACUAUAUACUGUUUGUAGACAGCGACAACCUGCUGACUAACCCCCGUGUGCUGAACCUGCUGAUGGCUGAAAACUUGACCCUGGCUGCUCCCAUGUUAGAGUCUCGCUCGCUCUACUCCAACUUCUGGUGUGGCAUCACCCCACAGGGUUACUACAAGCGAACGCCAGACUACCAGCCGAUCAGGGAGUGGAAGCGGCUCGGCUGUUACGCCGUACCCAUGGUGCACAGCACCUUCUUAAUAGACCUGCGUCGUGAAUCCAGCAGGGACCUGACCUUCUACCCUCCUCACCCGGACUACAGCUGGGCAUUUGAUGACAUAAUGGUGUUUGCUUUCUCGGCACGUCAAGCAGGUGUGCAGAUGUAUGUGUGUAACAGAGAACAUUACGGCCUCCUGCCCGUCCCUCUCAAAGCUCAGCAGAGUGUAGAAGAAGAAAGUGAGAGUUUCAUACACACCAUCACGGAGGCUCUGAUUGACCACGACAUUGAGCCCUCUGAGCACCUGUACUAUCCGCCAUCACCGCAGGACACCAUGGGCUUUGAUCAAAUAUACCUGGUCAACCUGAAGCGUCGGCUGGACAGAAGAACCAGGAUGUUGAAAACAAUGUAUUCGCUGGGUCUACACACUACGCUGACGGACGCAGUGGACGGCAAGGCUCUCAAUACGUCCCAGCUGCAGCGACUAGGAAUAGAGAUGCUGCCGGGCUACAAGGACCCUUACUCAGGUCGAGUCCUGACCAGAGGGGAGAUCGGUUGCUUCCUCAGCCAUCACUCUGUAUGGAAACAGGUGUUGGAACGUGGCCUCCAGAAGGUUCUCCUUUUAGAGGACGACGUGCGGUUUGAGCCCAGGUUUAAACGACGACUCCAGGCCAUAAUGGAUGACAUAGACAAAACCCAGCUGGACUGGGACCUCAUCUACGUGGGGCGUAAGCGUAUGCAGGUGCAGCAGCCGGAGCAGUCCGUGGACGGCGUGAACAACCUGGUCCAUGCCGACUACUCCUACUGGACGCUCGGCUAUGCGCUGUCACAGCAAGGAGCAAGGAAGUUACUGGCCGCCCAACCCUUCACAAAGAUGCUGCCCGUCGACGAGUUCCUGCCCGUCAUGUUCAACAAACACCCCAACACUAAGUUCAUGUCUCACUACGAGCCGCGGGACCUGAAGGCCUUCUCCGUGGAGCCGCUGCUCAUCUACCCCACCCACUACACCGGCGAGCCGGGCUACAUCAGCGACACGGAGACCUCCACCAUCUGGGACGACGAGGCCGUGGAAACAGACUGGGACCGGCAGCACGCCCGUAAGAUGGCCCAGCAGGGCAACAUCCACGCCGUGGCGCAGAACAGCGUCUCGGGAGAAUCGCCGCCCCCCGCGGCCCGAGCCUCGCGAGACGAACUCUGAUACCUGAGACUCAGAGAGAGAAAGACUCUUGGAAAAGACACUUGAACUACAAGCUAUACUGUACAUUCAUUCACACACACACAUACACUGGUGUCCAAGUGGAUAAAAGCAGAGUUAAGAUGUCAAUCUACUCUGAUGAAGGGACACUGAGGAGAGGAAGAGGAGGAGAAUCUGGGACGAGGGCCAGCCGGCCUUUGACAAAAGCUUUAUUUAUUCCUCGUGUGCCUCCUCUGGGCAUGUGGAGACAGUUACGGCCACACAUGGAAGACAGCUAAGAUUAUUUGCAGGACGUGAAAGAAAAAAAAACAACAUUCUCACAAAUCAAUUAUAAUGUUGUUUAAGAAGAUUGAUAUUUAAAAAGAACAGAUGUGUUUUUUAAUGAACAGCCGAAGAAUAAAGGAAUCUUAAAGCUGUGUGAAAACAACUCCUAAAUGUGCAUGUGAAACUGUGUGUGUGUGUGUGGGCAUGUGCAUGUGUUUACGGGACUGAACAUGUGUGGGAGUUGGGAGGCUGACAUACCGUACCCAAGAGUGUCACUUCCUCAGAUGAUGUCACACACACACACACACACACACACACAGAGGGGAGUACAGCCCUUCCUUACCAAGCAGCAGGGCAAUAAUGGAUGUUAUUAGGCUCAGUGUUUCUGUCAUUGCAGAUAUCUCACUUGCACGGCGGGCUGGUCCUGCUAGUUAGCAUCAUACACGUAGCCCGCAGGAUGUAUAACAUGCAACUGUGUCCUCUUCAGACCCCCGGCUCUCAGAAUCUAUAUGUGUUGAAUAUUUUUUUGGAUAAACUGAAUUAUUCACAGGCUGUUCUUCAUUCAGUUGUGGUGCCGGGCUGAACCAAUAAAACGUCUUCCCCCGUU